UCAGCACCGUGAGAAGAGGCCGCAGAGCCACCCCUUCUCCUGACGGGGGCUCUGCGACCGGUCCCGCGCCUGGUGCGUCAGCGAGAAGUGGCGCGGCUGGUGGUGGCGCGGCUGGUGGUGGCGCUGCCGGGGUGGGAGGAGCGGGAGCAGCAGUGGUGCUGGAAGGGGUGGUGGCAGCAGGGGGAGCCGCACGUGGGGGGGCGGGUAGGGGUAGGGCGGGUAGGGGUAGGGCGGGAGGGGGAAAUGGACAGGGGCGGGGCGGGGGUGAGGGGUGUGGUGUGCGGCAGGGGUAGCGGCGAUGGCAUGGGAGCCAACAGGGCGGGCUCCUGGCACCGCUGAAUCAACCUGACGGACGACACACACAUGGACACACCACAUGGUCGAAUCUCUGGCUGAGAGAGCUACGUACUGAUGGUGCGUGUUAAGUGGGGCAUGUACCUGUGACGCCCCCGCUUUGCGAGCCGCCUGGCUUGGCAGUGCCUUGCUGUCCUCCGUGUUGGCGCCGCGGGGGCACGGGCGGGUGGCGGCAGGUGGAGGAGGGUUGGCAGCCACCUCCUCCUCCUCCUCCUCCUCCUCCUUGGCCUUGAACCAGGCCAGCUGGGCCUUCAGGUUCGCCAACUCACUCUCCAGCCCCGCGUGGUCAGUCUGAAAGAGACAGCAUACAGACCAUUUGUGCCGAAGGUAUCUUUGUGUGCAGGUGCUGUGUGUGAGACGCGGCGCUUGUCGAAUGCGUACCAGCCGGUCCUUCAUAGCGGCCACCUCGGCCCUGAGGGCCUCCGCCUCGGCUUUGAGGGCCGCGUCACGCUCCUGAGGAACAAAAGAUAACACAUCAGGAUAGAAUCCGGUGUCGGUGUGCUGGGCGACAGAGAGAGUGUAACCCUUUGCAUACCUCUCUCUCCUCCUCCUCCGCUAUCCGCCUCUCGCCCAGCUCCAGCAGGGCGAGGGCCUCCUCGGUCGUCAGGGCGUUGAGCCGCCCGUCGAGCUCCUGUCACACAGACACAUCACGGGCAUCAUCUCAACUGAGCGGACGGUCUUCCCAUUGCGAAUGUGAGCAAGGUUACCCCCGGGAACUUGGCAUGCAACAGAGCGACGUCCCUGGUGAACGUCUCCCAGUCCCGGGGGGUGAGGAUGGUGUUGGCUGCGCCUUCCGGUGCUUGGCCAAUAGUGGGCGACAGAGGACUCGCCAU